AUGGCAUGGUGUUUGCAAGAAUCUAUUUCAACUUCUUCUGGUGCACCUUCUCUUGUUUAUGUGAAAGCUGUUAAUGCAGUGUACAUUUCAUCUGUCUUUUUAAAGUACUUCAUUGAAAAUGAAAAGGGAGACAAGAUUGAAGACUUGUAUUUGUCCCUAGAUGAAAGUGAGCCAAUCCCAACAGAUAUUACAAAAGAUCUAAACGUUGAGGAUUUUGUUAUGCGUAGUGUGCUUAGCUUUAUUGGGUCAAUAGAUGUAAGUCCUGAUACAUACCUCCUUCAUUUGGAGCUGCUUAACUUCAUGCUGAUUGCAAUGUCAACUCAGCUGCUUUCUGGGCCAUCUCCAGGACCAGAAGAUGUGAACCCAUUCAUCGAUGCAGCAAUGUCUCAGGAAAGUUCUUUGGUUAUCUUGGUUGUGCGUAAACUGCUACUCAGUUACAUUACGGGACCUUCAAUAUCCUUGAAUAGUGCAUCUUAUUCUAUAUAUUCUGAAGGAAGUCAGCCUGGUGUUUUACAAAGAGUUAGUUCCGCAGCUGCAAAUCUCAUGUUAUUGCCAUUCAACUUUCUGGCCAGUUCAAGUAGUGAAGGCUCAAGAAAUAUAAGUAAUGACACCACCGCUUCAGAAUCCUUUUUAAAAGGGAGUACGCAUUUUUCUGAUAACCCUUACUGCAAGGCCUUAGAACAUGCAACGGAUGUUGAAUUUGAUCGUGUAGAUACUGAGGGUAAUGCACAUGCUGGUCCAGUUUUGAGGAUACCUUUUGCUUCUCUGUUUGAUGCCCUUGGAAUGUACUUGGCUGAUGAGGCUGCUGCUCUUUUGCUUUACUCUUUGUUGCAAGGGAAUGCUGACUUUCUGGAGUAUGUCUUGGUGCGAACUGAUUUGGAUACAUUGUUGAUGCCUAUUCUGGAAGCAUUAUACAAUGCUCCAAAGAGGUCCUCUAAUCAAAUCUACAUGUUGCUGAUUAUUCUCCUCAUACUUAGUCAGGAUUCUUCUUUUAAUGCCAGCAUUCACAAAUUGAUAGUUCCUAGUGUUCCCUGGUAUAAAGAACGUCUCCUCCAUCAGACAUCUCUUGGUUCCUUAAUGGUCAUUACUCUGAUAAGGACAGUGCAGUAUAACCUAUCUAAGUUGCGGGAUGUUUAUCUCCAUACAACUUGUCUAGCAACUUUGGCGAACAUGGCACCUCAUGUCCACCGUUUGAGUGCAUAUGCAUCCCAGAGAUUGGUCAGCCUUUUCGAUAUGCUCUCUCGAAAGUAUAACAAACUAGCAGAGAUGCGAGAUAAUCAGAUGCGAUUAGUCAAAGGCAACUCAAUAGAAGGAAAUGGUCUUGCAGAUGAUACAUCAACAGAGAUGCAUAUAUAUACUGACUUCUUGAGACUUGUCCUUGAAAUAUUAAAUGCAAUUUUGACUUAUGCCCUGCCACGGAAUCCUGAGGUUAUAUAUGCAAUAAUGCACCGGCAGGAGGUCUUUCAGCCUUUCAGGAAUCAUCCACGCUUCAAUGAGUUGCUUGAAAACAUUUAUACUGUAUUAGAUUUUUUCAAUAGUCGCAUGGAUGCCCACAAUGUGGAUGGUGAAUGGUCGGUAGAGAAAGUACUUCAAGUCAUAAUCAUUAAUUGCAGAUCAUGGCGGGGUGAAGGGAUGAAGAUGUUCACACAGUUGCGGUUCACAUAUGAACAAGAGAGUCAUCCAGAGGAGUUCUUUAUUCCAUACCUUUGGCAGCUAGUUCUAUCCCGCUGUGGACUCGGUUUCAAUCCUGACGCCAUAAAUUUGUUUCCAGUUGAUCCUCCUUCCGAAAAACAGAGUGAUUAUGAAGUAUCGUCCAACGGUCAUGUAAACGGAGAGUCGACCAAGCAUGCAGUGUUUGUUGAGCCAUAG